CUCUCUUCUUCUCCCUCCUCUUCUCUCUUCUUCUUCUUUUCUCUUUUAUCCCAACCUGCACCGCUCUUUAAUCCCAAAAGACCACUCCUUUCCGGUUUAUCAACCGAGUCCAUUCGUUUCGCUCAGCCAAACCGCUCCAGUUUAUACCCUCGCGCGUCUCGCACACCCCGAGCUUUUUAAUCUUUACGUUGGUUUAAUCGGCAAUCCCGACCUUUCUAGACAAGAUGCGUUUCUCUAUCGCUGCUUCUGCCAUCCUGGCCGCCGGUGCCACCGCGAGCUACGUCAACACCAAUGCCACCUCCGUCGUCACUGAGGUUGUCACUGCCUACACCACCUUCUGCCCUGGCCCAACCACCCUCACCCACGGCACCAACACCUACACCGUGACUGAGGCCACCACUCUCACCAUCACUGACUGCCCAUGCACCGUCACUCGCCCAAUCAUCACCUCCACCGUCACUGAGUGCAACGACUGCCCCCCUGCUGCCACUGGCACUGGUGUCAUCCCUCCUCCAGUCAACCCACCAGUCUUCCCCAACGGUACUGCCGUCCAGCCUCCCCAGCAGCCAAGCGGUACCGGAAACCUCCCAAGCAACACCAUCCCAGCUCCCCCUGAUUUCACCGGUGCUGGUUCCCGCGUCGUUGCCGGUGCUGGCGCUGGUCUUGCUGGUGUCCUCGGUCUCGCUUUCCUCUUGUAAAUUUAAUCCCUCCUGGAAAGUUACGGGGCGGUCUACGAUGCUUGUAAAGAGAGCAGGGAGUGGUGCGAAAAUGUGCAUAAAAGAUACAAUCUCUCUUUUUACAAUUGGGAGGCGAUAAGGGGAGUGGCGUGUAUGUGUGGAAUUGUCCCAAUGUUAUCAUGAACGUCUCAAAUGUAUCUACAGCAGAUGGGCAACUUGGCGGCUAUUUGCUUGUUGCUUUAAUGGUAACAUUGGUUUUACAUAAUAUUUAUGCUACCGUUAACGUGC